UACUACAAGACAAAAAUUAUCGAAGAAACGAAGGCGGUCUUAUAGCCGCGCUGUUUUAUGCAUUAAGCAAGACAAAACCGUGCUUGUUAUAUCGUUUGGUUCGAGCAAAAGAUUUUAAAUUAAAGCAAGACGGUUUACCAUAAGAAGUCGGCAACUUUAUUGAUUUGUUUCGAUGGAAAAUUUUCAAUACAUUGAGCAGAAAUCGCAUUUUCUCAUUUUCGUCAUUUGCUAAAUUUCAACAAGAAACCGGCCAAGCUGAAGUUAGACACGACUCAUAUCGCAGUGUGCGUGAAAAAGUUCGGACGUUGAAAGAAAGUCAGUUGGCUUGGCCUUGUGAACUACAGAAUGUUAGAAGUCCCAAAAGUAUCAAAACGUGAGCCGUCGAUAGAAAUGUCAUCUUUUCCUCUUUCUCCAUCUCCUCGCAAUCGACCAAGUAGUUCAACAUCAUCAAGACUCUCAGUUCGUCAAACAGACGUCAACUUUGAUCAGUUUGAAACAGAAAUUUUCUGUUGUCUAAAGCAAGAAAGUCGACCAAGAAGAUGGUUUAUUAAACUUGUCAGGUCUCCAUGGUUCGAGCGCACCAGUAUUUUGGUGAUUUUAUUAAACUGUGUAACUCUAGGAAUGUACAAUCCAUUUGACAAGACCUGCGCUACAAAGAAAUGUCAAAUUCUUGAGAUUCUAGAGACUGCUAUCUACGCCUUUUUUGUGAUGGAGAUGUUGAUAAAAUGGAUGGCUAUGGGAUUUUUUGGUGAUUUAGGAUACUUCAAAGACUCUUGGAAUAAACUGGAUUGUUUCAUUGUUCUUGCAGGAACAUUUGAACUUGCCUACGGUGAAGGAGAAUAUUUGAGUGCUGUUAGAUCAGUUCGUGUUCUGAGACCAUUAAGAGCAAUAAAUCGAGUUCCAAGCAUCCGUAUUUUAGUUAUGCUUUUGCUGGACACGUUGCCAAUGUUAGGCAAUGUUCUAGCAAUUUGCUUUUUGAUUUUUGCAAUAUUUGGGAUCAUUGCUGUUCAACUUUGGCAAGGUCUUUUACAUGCUCGCUGUUUUCCACAGGACCUUAACAGUACCAUCAUUAAACAGUAUAAUUUGGCAGAGUUUUACCGUCCUUCAUUCAAUGAAUAUUAUGUCUGUUCAUUGUCAGAAAAUAACGGUUUAUCUAAAUGUAAUCCUCAUAACUUUAAUCCGUACAACGUCAACAAUAAAGUGUGUAACCAAAGUUUCCUUACGACCGAGAACACGUCAUCAUCACAUUGCGUGGACUGGUACCAAUAUUAUACGUUGUGUCGUCAAAGUGGAGAAAAUCUCUACUGGGGUUCAGUAUCUUUUGAUAACAUUGGUAUAGCAACAGUUGUAAUAUUUCAAAUUAUAACUCUUGAAGGAUGGACGGAUAUUAUGUAUAAAAUACAAGAUGUACAUUCUUUUUGGAAUUGGAUUUAUUUUGUCGUUCUAAUUCUUCUCGGUUCUUACUUCAUGACAAAUCUCUGUUUGGUUGUGAUAACGUCACAAUUCCAAGAAACCAAACAACGCGAGACGGAGCUACUAAAAAAGUCGCGCCUGCGAUCUCGGACCAGCGUCAGCACGGUAUCCUCAAAUUUCAUGCAGCAAGGAUGUUAUACGCAGAUCUUGCAUUACCUGGAGCAUCUUUGCCGUCAUUUUAAACAACGCAUGCGCCACUGGACGAGGAUGGACAAGGCGUCUAAACGUCGACGUGUUCGACCCUGCAUACAACUAAAGAACCGCAGGGAUAAUGCAAAGUCUAUCCAUCAUCAUCACCACCAUUACCACUAUUAUCACCAUUAUGUACAUCAUCAUCCAUGUCAAUGUAGAAAUGCGAUCACAGAUUCCCACCUAACUUCGAACGCACCUGCCAUAUCAACAGAACAAUCCAGCGAUCCUAACCCCAAGUCAGUUGACUAUCCCAUAAAAAUGUCACGUGAUUCAAAAAUUGGCAAAGAUGGAAAGACGGUAGUCGUUAUACCACAGAUUCAAGUUACUGCUCAAGCGACAACGGCGCUCUACCAGGAUACUGGAGACAACUCAUCAGGAGAAAUGGUUUCCACAGCAACAGCAAAUAUAAAUAUUGAUGGUGAAGAAUGUUCAGAAAACGUCAUUACGUACAGUAAAACCGCUGCCCCAGUUAAUGCAAUUGCAACAAAGGCAACUGAAAAGACCUUGGAGGUGGCGUGCUCUUGUGCAGCAAGGCAUUCUGGGGGCGAAAACGUUAACGUGCUUACGAAUGCUUGUAAUGAUUUUAUGUAUUCUUCCGAUGACGACGAGGAAUUCCAAAAUACAAAGAAAAAAUGUUGGGUCAAGAUGCGUAAUAAUCUCAACGCAUUUGUUGAAAGUCGACAUUUUAUGAGGUUUAUCAUGGUGUCCAUAUUUCUGAACACGAUAUGUAUGGCCAUAGAGCAUCAUGGGCAGCCGAAGAAAAUGACCGACAUUUUGGAAAUUUUCAACGUCAUAUUUACGUCAAUUUUUGCGUUAGAAAUGCUGAUAAAAAUCGCGGCAUUUGGACCUUACGGUUAUAUUAAAGAUGCGUAUAAUCUGUUUGAUGGUGUGAUUGUCAUUGUAAGCUUUAUAGAUAUUUUAGCUGACAGCGAUACGAGUGGUUUGUCUGUUAUGAGAUCAUUUCGACUAUUGAGAAUAUUCAAACUUGUUCGUUUCAUGCCAGCUUUGCAACGUCAGUUGGCGGUUAUGGUACGAACUUUAGAUAACGUCAUGUCUUUUCUGGCGUUACUUGCUUUGUUCAUAUUUACAUCAAGUAUUUUGGGGAUGCAUCUUUUUGGAGGGAAAUACCAGUUUCCAAACGAAGAUGGUCAGCUGGUCACAUCGCGGGCUAAUUUUGACACUUUAUUUUGGGCGCUUGUUACAGUGUUUCAGGUUCUGACGCAAGAAGAUUGGAAUGUCGUUCUCUAUGAUGGUAUCCGUUCCCUGUCAGCAUGGUCUUCUCUAUAUUUUUUAUUUUUAAUGAUCAUUGGAAACUAUAUAUUAUUUAAUCUACUUGUUGCUAUCCUCGUAGAAGGUUUCUCUGACCAUGUUGAAUACGAAGAGUUUCUGUUACAAAACAAAAAUUUUCAAACAAAAACACCACCACGGUCGUCAAAAUUAGGUCUGAAUCUAUGUAUAUCAGAAAAAGAACCAUAUUUCUCUUGCCCAGACCUCCACACAAUGUACCCCAAAUACCUCCAACGCUCCCAGCAGCUCAUCAGAUGUUCCUCAGCUCCUUCGAAGCACAGGAAGGACCCCAAAUGCGACAACACUUCUUCAAAUUUUCAUGUUUUAUCUUUGGAUGGAUUGGAAACAGAAAAAGAUAGAAAAAAACAUGGCGUCACACGCUGUCAAUCUCCACAAGAUGAGGACAGGUCUCUGGUUCUUCGAAGUGUUGAGCAAGUUGAAAAUGAAAACGAAACCGUUGACAAUUAUACCACGUCAUGUUUAAAGCGUCGUCAAGAUUGGUCACUUUUUGUCUUUUCACCAGAAAAUAAAUUUCGUCAACUUGUCGUAAAAAUUCAUCAGCAUCCAUGGUUUGAUCGAGUGGUAUUGCUGUUUAUCUUGAUAAAUUGUAUCGUUAUGGCAAUGGAAGAACCUGGAUUGGACAAGAACAGUGAGAUGGGUCAGUUUAUUCAAAUAAUGCAGUAUAUUUUCACAGCAGUAUUUACGAUUGAGAUGUCUUUAAAGGUGAUAUCUAUGGGUCUUAUCAUUGGUCCUGAUACAUAUCUAAAAUCUGGUUGGAACAUCGUCGAUGGAAUCCUUGUACUUAUUUCAUUGGUUGAUCUUAUCGUUUCCUUGACAACUGACAGUAGUAGCGGAAUUUUGAGUGUUCUAAGAGUAUUUCGAGCGUUUAGAACCUUAAGACCUCUACGUGUUAUAAACCGCGCUCCUGAAUUAAAAUUGGUUGUCGAGACGUUGCUCAGUUCACUAAAGCCGAUCGGAAAUGUUGCGCUUAUUGCUGUUACGUUUUUUACCAUUUUUGGUAUCUUGGGUGUACAGUUGUUUAAAGGCAAAUUCUAUUCCUGUCAAGAUGCUAAAUCAUCAGUAAAAAUAAACAACAAAGAUCAAUGUAUCUCAAACAAUGGAAACUGGAUAAACAACGAGUACAAUUUUGACAAUUUGGCUCGCGCUUUAUUAACCCUCUUUGUCUUUGCCACACGUGACGGUUGGAUUGCUAUAAUGUAUUCUGGCAUUGAUGCAGUUGAUGUUGACAAACAACCAAAACGAGAUUACGCCAAGUGGAAUGUUAUAUAUUUUGUUGCAUUUCUUCUACUUGCUGGUUUUGUUGUUUUGAACAUGCUGGUUGGUAUUGUUGUUGAAAACUUUCACAAAUGUCGUGAUGAACUGCUGAAGGAGAAAAACACGAGCGCUGUAGAGACAGUGAAUAUACGAUCAAAAUCACCAAGAAAUUCAGUUUCAGAAAUUGAUCACCAGAGCAUUCCUAAAUGGCGUCAGAAACUGUUUCUAUUUGUUACUCAUGGUUAUUUUGAUCUAGCGAUUGCUAUUGUUAUUGGUAUUAAUGUUGUUUGUAUGGCCAUGGAGCAUUACAACCAACCCAAAAUGUUGACGUUGUGUUUAAAAUACGCAAACUAUAUAUUCACUUUCUUGUUCGUGUUGGAAGCAGUUCUUAAAUUAAUUGCUUUUGGAAUAAGAAAUUAUUUUAAAGACAGAUGGAAUUGUUUGGAUAUGUUCAUUGUAAUCUUGUCAAUUGGUGGGAUUAUAUUAGAUGAGUUAGCAACAUCUGAUCUACCGAUCAAUCCAACUAUCAUACGUGUUAUAAGAGUUCUAAGGAUAACUAGAGUGUUGAAGCUUUUGAAAACAGCAGAAGGAAUCCGUUCUUUGUUGGAUACCAUUGGUAAAGCAUUACCACAGGUCAUCAACUUAGGAAUUCUUUUUCUCCUUCUUUUUUUCAUUUUUGGAGCUUUAGGAAUGGAGUUGUUUGGCCAUAUAUCUUGUGACGAAAUAGAAUGUAAUGGUUUGGACAGACAUGCUCAUUUUCGAAAUUUUGGCUACUCUCUCUUAACCUUGUUUCGUGUGUCUACAGGAGAUAACUGGAAUGGGAUAUUAAAGGACACAAUGAAUUCAAAAAUAUGCAAGUCCGGUGAAACAGAGGGAUGUGUUAUCAUCAAUAAUAUUGCUCCUAUCUUUUUCUCUUCAUUUGUUCUCACAACACAAUUUGUCCUCCUCAAUGUUGUCGUCGCCGUCUUAAUGAAACAUUUGGAGGAAUCGAAAUUGGAAGAAACAAAAUCCGUAAAAAAUGAAACCUUAGCAGUAUCGACAAUAUUUCACGAAAAGCAUGAAACAGAAGGUAUGCAGACUUUUUCUAAACAAUCGCAGACUUCAUUACGAUCGCGAAGAAGUGAGAAUGGCAUUUUGAAAAAGAAACGAUGGCAAUGCGAUUCUCGUGGUCAGCGGAGAUCCAUGAGCAUGGGAGAAUUAGAGAACAACAAUGGACGAAAUUAUAUGAAAACACAAUAUUGUUUUAAGGAAAUGGAUCUCUUGAGCACAAGAAAUUUGGGACAGAGAAAAGUGUCUUGGGAGAACGAAUUUUCUGAUGAAGAAAUACAUGAUUUCGCAACAUCAAACGACAAAAAAGGCACCACUAUUAAAAUCAAAGCAAUUCACGAUAACGAAUCUGGCCAAUCAACUGUGAAUGCCUUUGUAGUUCAUAAAAAAGACACUAAAGACUUAGAUAAAAAUUCCCUAUCUGACAAGAAUUAUACUAAUAAAGGGAUAUAUUCCCGACCACAUCUCGAAUUCAACAAUCCACACAAUCAGGUUUUGAAAUAUCCUUCUUUACAUUGUGAAGAUUUAACUCCUGUUCAAGAAAUUUCUCGCAGUCCUGUAAGCCCUUCGCAAACAUCUAUUGCCAACGAAAGAUCGAAUGCAGAUCCCUCUGAAUUGUUUUUAAAGUGUUCAAAUAAAGAAAAUGAAGAUAGUUAUGAUGUGUCAAAAGAGGAACAAAUAACUGACAAUGAAAAUCGUUCUAGUGAAGCAAGCAAAAAACAAACAUUUUUCACCAAAGAAGAACUCAAUGUUUUACAGAACUGUGAAAUAAAAAAAUUCUACGAAAUUCAGAAAACCAAGAGCUGACUGAUACUCACAAAAUGAACGAUGUUCUAACAGAAGAGGUUAGGAGUGAAAAUGACAACGUAGUUGAUGCAUUAAGUAUUUAUAAUAAAUCGCUUAAGAAGGAUGUGAGAAAUUGCAAAAAUGAGAAGACUGGGACUCACCAGACACAGGAGACAUGUCAUGCUGAGAAAACUGGGACUCACCAGACACAAGCUGAGAAAACUGGGACUCACCAGACACAGGAGACAUGUCAAGCUGAAAAACUGGGACUCACCAGACACAGGAGACACGUCAAGCUGAGAAGACUGGGACUCACCAUACACAGAAGACACGUCAAGCUGAAAAGACUGGGACUCACCAAACACAGGAGACACGUCGAACAAAAAAUCUCCACAAACAUAACGAUGAAAACGUAAAUAAUCAGACCUUCGAGACAAAUUAUAAUGCAGCAAAAAGUGAUGGGGAAACUAAACCAACAAUGGAUGACGUCUCAUAUGAACUUUGCGGUACAUUAGAGGAUUGUGCAAGUACCUUGAGGGAUGAAAAUGUCAGAAAAUCAAACAAAGUUACCGAGUUGACCAAUUUGGAAGGUGAUGAAACGACGAAUGUUUGCAAAAAGAACGAAAUAACUGAUAAAGGAAACAAAGCACAAAUAUCAGACUUAUCAAACGAGUAUUCAGACCUUUCAGCAAAGGAUUUUCAUAACGUUCGGGGAUCUCUAGGGAAUAUAAGAGGUGCUGAAUCCGAAGAAUUUUUGAAAGUUAAGAGAUCAUUAGGGAUCUUGCGGGGUAAUAAGGAUAAACGAAGUUCAUUAGGAGGUAGCUGUGGGAAUAUUUCAAACACGCUACCUUUAACUGAAACUGGAAAACGUGCAGUAAGAUUGGAUCCUUUACCUUCAAGAAAAUGAGAAAUUUACUUACACACCAGCAAUGCACGAUGGGAAACACUUGGUUUGCACGUGGUAAAAUACUUAAUUUGAAAACACCGAAUGAAUUAUAAUAUUAAAGUUUUUACUAAGACGUUGAUAAUAAGAUAUAUGUAUUUUUUUAAUUCGUUAGUUUUACAUUUCUAUCGUUUGAUACACAACACACACACACUCGCGCGACCAACAAUGAAUUUGUGCGAGUUCUAAAAAUGGGGAAGAUUUAAUUUCUAUGGUAAUAUUUCUCUGUUGAUCUUUUUGUAAUUAACAUCUCAGUACUUUAUCUCCUGUAAUAGAGUCGGAAAAGACUGAGGCUCACCAUGACUGAUUACAGAAAACAAGGUCAAUGUUUGAAAGAACUUAACAAAGCUCUAAUCUUUGUCAAAAAAUAUUCAAGAUCAAUGUUUGGAAAAAGAUUACAAAGGUUUAAUAUUAUUUAUGUAUGUGUUAGGCUUACUUGGCUUACUGUCAGGCUUGUCAUCUCAGUUUCUUCACUCGUGUUCAACACGCGUGUCGAGUGACACGCGUGUGUUUUUACACGAUAAUUGAAAUAUGCGCGGGCGGGUUUGAAAAUAGCAUAUUUACAAUUAAACUUUUGGCAAAAUUUUA